AUGGCGGAGCCAGCUAACUACAAUUUCGGGUACAUGGUGAAUGAUUAUGAAGAAGGUACUGACUUUGGGCAUCAUGAGGAGCGUCAAGACGAAAGAGCUGAGGGAGAAUACCACGUUGUAUUACCCGAUGGGAGAAAACAGACUGUAAGCUACGAAGCCGAUGAACGUGGUUUCAAACCCCGUAUCUCCUACGAAGACACUGACGCACUUGGCCGUUCUGGAGGCUACGAUGCGAACGCUAACAACAUCGGCAAUCAUGGUGGACAUCACGGCAACGGUCGUUCAGGAGGCUACUGACUCCAAAACAUCAUUAUAGUCGUUAUAGGUUUCUUUUUGCAUUGAUUCUUUUUUCAUACUCGGAAAUUUAGUAACGCGUAAAAAACAUUCUAGAAGAUUUAGGAGCUAAAGUGA